AUGGUUAUAGCUCCAUACAAUCAGCGUGGAGGUGGAACGGCGCUAGAAAUCUUUACACAGAUACCACCCACGGUAGCCAUCAUUCGUUUCGCUCUGCUCCACUUCCCUACCGCACAAUGGCCCAAAUUCUGUGGUGAACUCACUUCCCAGCUGGAAUCCCUACUGACGGUGGCCAGUGGAAGUCUCACCAACCGAGAAGGUCGCUCCACCCCCGACGACCGUCAGCUAGUUCUCAUGUUGGUUGCUGUUUCGGCUGCGGAUUCUACGCGCCCACGCCAACUCAUCAACGGUCUGGCCGCACAGCAGACCUGUCGCAUUUGGCACCCCAGGAUUCCCGGUCCAUGUCUUCCCCAAUGUUUGCAAGAGGAGAUGGGACAGGUGGAGGGGACAGAGGCGGAGGAGUCGCAGUACCUUCACAAUUCUGCAAGAGUUUUGAAGCCAUCGCUGGCUUUUUUGCAUGUACAGUCGGAGGGUGAUCGCGAAUUCGAACUCUACCGUCAGGUCCUGAACGGCGACAUGAGUUCGUGGUUCCUGAGCUACUCACCCGAUUACGCACAGACCACUAAUAGUGUAGCCACCGUGGAAGGUCGGUGCUCACGGGGUGACGACUGCGAGAUAUGUCGGAGUCGUCAGCUCCACUGCCAACAGGACGCCCCUCCGCACCAUCAACAGCAUCACCCGACUUGUCAACAUUCAGUGCUAGAGGGUCCACCGAACGAUCUGCUACGUCGCUAUUCACCUGUUUUGGCGGUCACGCACAAACAGGAGAGCUGCUGUGCUGCGGCUUUGGCUGGGAUCGGUGACGAGGACUACGUAGACGCCAGUUUCCAAUUCCCCGUGGUGGAGAUAGCUCCCACCACGCCCGUUCAGGUACCGUUUCUACCUGCGCCUCAACCACCGCUUCUUGGGAGUUCUGCAGAGAAUGAAAAACUUUCAGAGCACUACGCCGAGUUCAAUGAUCUCUUUAACGAAGCCGCCAAUCAUCAGCCAAUCGAUUCAGUCGUCCGCCUCAAACGACCCCACCGACCGCAAGCACCGACUCUGACCUUCUCCAACUCACCCCCCACCACUCUUCCACCCUCACCUCCCAUUACACCUGCCUCAUCUCCCUCUGCCGCCUCGCCCUCUGCCUUCGCUUCCUCCUCCGGAUCGAUUGCCAGUCUCACACUCUCUUCCCUCAUCACCUCCUACACCUCCUCCUCGCCUGACCGUGGCGUCAUCGAUUUCCGGCCACAGCGCGGCCUUUUCCGUUCCUGCUCAGACACUCCCCCCACCUGGCCCGGGAAGAUUAUCGAAUCUGUUUCCACCUUUACUCCCAUCCCGGUAACUUUGGCUGGCGGAAGUUUAAGAGGGGCAAUACCACCGGAGAAUGCCUAUGAACCGGUGUAUGAGGAACCUAUUCAAUUGGAGUGCCAACCUUGCAAGUGUCCAACGCCAGCUCUCGGAGUGCCUGGUUUGCAGAUGACGUCGACAGUUCGAACUGACUCCUCCUCCCCUCACACUCCACCAUUUUACCGUUCAGGUAGAACUUGGUUGCCCUCAGGGGGUUGUUUCUUUCCACCGCCUCACACGGCUUCCGCGUCGAAGUCGGAGGUCGUGGAGCUAAUGGACACGUUCAUGGCCUCCACCACAUGUGUUUCGCCUUCAUUACAUCUGUACGAGGGUGAGAACACCAUUCGAUCGAAAUAUGGGGUUAAGAAAUCCAUUCCAACGUUGAUUGAUUCGCGUCGAAAGAACGCCACCACCAGUCAAAUCUACUCACCCUACUCGACUCAGUGUGUUUCAUCGCUCUCAGCAACACCGGUACAUCCGACGAUGGUGGAGGAGGUGGCGGGGGAGGCUGGAACAAAGAGUUCGAAUAAGAUUUUUGGUGGUUUGAAAUCAGCCUUCAGACGCCAUGGCUCCCUCUUUCGCUCUCACAAUCGAAAGAACAAUACCAAACAUUGA